AGGAUGCUGUGUCUGUGCGGCGUAAACAAAGCGGCGAGGAGAGGUUUGAACUUCACUGUGCCUCCGCUCCGGCUGCGCGUCCAGAGAGCACUGCGCCACACCGCAACGCGUAAAGUUGUCUGACAGUUCACUGGUAGAAUAGCAAGCCCGCAGGAGAAGAAGACAAAUUCUAUAUUUUAGGUGUAGCGACAGGACUUGGGAGUUGAUGAGAGGUGACACUCUGAACAGUGCGUUUCUCUAAUAAUAAUAAUAACAAUAAUAAAAUAAUUUAAAAAAAAAAACAGUAAUUGAAACGUCUGCGCUCUUCCUCAGUGCUCAGUUGCGCGCGUCCGGGUUUGGUUUGUAACUCCAGUACACGCUGCAGGCCUGCAGUAGAUCAGGACGCGCAACGGCAACAUGAACUUCUACACCGCUCAGCUUUACCGCUGUCAUCUGUAGUCACAGACUCCAUACCACGCGGGAUUUCCCCCCCCGAAGCUUGGUGGAUCGCCGGACAGAGCGGCGUCUCUUCUUCAUUUUAGCGGAGCUGUCAUGCUGCCCAAAGUCGAGUCAGACUGCCUGGGACUCGCUCGGUCGCAUGGGGAACAGGGCCAUAUUCCUGCAAACAUGCAAGCCCCUCAGUUUAAAAUGAUGGACUACUCCUACGAUGAAGACCUGGAUGAGAUGUGUCCCGUGUGCGGAGACAAGGUGUCCGGAUAUCACUAUGGCCUGCUCACCUGUGAGAGCUGCAAGGGCUUCUUCAAGCGCACUGUGCAGAACAACAAGCGCUACACGUGUAUCGAGAACCAGAGCUGUCAGAUAGACAAGACACAGCGUAAGCGCUGCCCUUACUGCCGCUUCCAGAAGUGCCUCAACGUCGGCAUGAAGCUGGAAGCUGUGAGGGCGGACCGCAUGCGCGGCGGUCGCAACAAGUUCGGCCCCAUGUACAAGCGGGACCGUGCGCUCAAGCAACAGAAGAAAGCACUGAUCCGUGCAAGUGGCCUCAAACUGGAAGCCAUGAACCACACCGUGCAGACCGCACCCGCUGACCUCACUAUAUCUUCCGCCAUCCAGACCAUCCACUCAGCUUCCAAGGGGCUGGCACUGAGCCACCAUCACCACCACCACCACCAUCACCACCAACACCAUCAACAUCACCAGCAUCACCAGUCCAGCUCCGACUAUGACCGCAGCCCCUUUGUCCCGUCACCCGUCAGCAUGGCCAUGCCACCGCAGGGCUACCAGGCAUAUGGGCACUUCCAGAGCCGAGCCAUCAAGUGCGAGUACCCCGAUCCGUAUGGCAGCUCACCCGAAUCGCUGAUGGGCUACGCAUACGCCGAGGCGCCAGGCUUCCCGCGCUUGGUAGCAGAACUGCUCAAGUGUGAGCCUGAUGAGCCGCAAGUGCAGGCCAAGAUCCUGGCCUACCUGCAGCAGGAACAGGCCGGCCGCAGCAAGCACGACAAGCUCAACACGUUUGGCCUCAUGUGCAAGAUGGCUGACCAGACGCUCUUUUCUAUCGUCGAAUGGGCACGCAGUAGCAUCUUCUUCCGUGAGCUGAAGGUUGAUGACCAAAUGAAACUUCUCCAAAACUGCUGGAGCGAGCUUCUCAUCCUUGACCACAUUUUCCGACAGGUGAUGCACACCAAGGAGGGCUCCAUCCUGCUGGUUACAGGGCAACAGGUGGAUUAUGCGCUAAUUGCGUCUCAAGCUGGGGCCACACUCAACAACCUCCUGAGUCGGGCGCAGGAGCUGGUGAGCAAGCUGCGCUCCCUUCAGCUGGAUCAGAGAGAGUUCGUCUGCCUCAAGUUCCUGGUGCUGUUUAGUCUAGACGUGAAGAACCUGGAGAACUUCCACCUGGUGGAGAGCGUUCAGGAGCAGGUGAACGCGGCACUGCUCGAUUACGUCAUGUGCAACUACCCGCAGCAGACAGAUAAAUUCGGCCAGCUGUUGCUGCGGCUGCCUGAGAUCCGCGCCAUCAGCCUGCAAGCCGAGGAAUACCUUUACUACAAGCACCUGAACGGCGAUGUGCCCUGCAACAACCUGCUCAUCGAGAUGCUGCAUGCAAAACGCACCUGAACGAGGCAUUUCCGAAUCAACACGACGCACACACCGCUCCCAGACAACAUGCUUCCAGUCCAGAAUCAUCAGCAGCCACAGCAUUGAAACAUGCACUCAGAUGCCUCCACACGUCAGUGCUGUGCUUACGCUGCGCUGAACAGUUCAUGUUGAUUCCGUGGUUUGGGCCAAAAGAGAGAAGGAGAUAAGGGGGUCAAUAAACACUUGAGAAUGAGCUUUUGGAUUAUGGGGAAUCCAUUUAUCCUCCAGUCCAACAGAACAGUGACGCAUUGACUUCUGAUCUCUUGGUACAGUUAUAAUAAAUUUACAAAACAUCACCUGUUUUGUGAGCAGCUAAACUUAAGAUAUAAUAAUUUCCCCUCACUGAGACUGAAAGCACGAGGGUUUGACAUGGCACAUUUCAUUUCUUCUCCAAGACUUGGACCUGUCAGUUCUCUUGACAGUCAAUCAGACGGCUCGUGAUAGUGCUUGAGCUGUAGAGUGAAGUCGUCCGGUUCAGCUGAUUGUAACCGUGCCACCCACAGAGACACUUCCCCAGAAAUGUGCAAACAUAAUGAUAGUACACAGUAUAUCUGUUCAAAUAGCAGGACUUUCUUCCUCUUCCUCAAGAGGAUCAAACAUGCACAUUUCCUUCUCUGAAACAAAAAAAAAAAGUCAGUUUAUGAACUUUGUACCUGUAAACCAGUACCUGUUCUUUCAUUUCUAAGUUAUUAAACAGUUAUGUUUAUCAGUAUGGUUUCACUGAUGCAGUGUUGGAGAAAGGAACACUAUAAAACUGGAAGAUUAAAAAAAAGACACUUUUUUUUUGCCCAGCAGAACCCCUCAGUAUAAUGUGGAAGACACUGUUGCAGAGCCAAGACGAAAAAAUACUGCCUCAGUCCAAACCAGACCAAAGCCCGCUGCAGAACAAACCCAACAAACAAACAACCUUUAUUGUCAGUAUUAUGUGAGUCUUGCCUUAUUUUAUUGCCAUGCUAGCUAACUGUGCUGAUGUGAACUAUAACGUGAAAAUUUUAUAUAUAUAUAUAUAUAUAUAUAUAUAUAUAUAUAUAUAUAUAUAUAUAUAUAUAUAUAUAUAUAUAUAUAAGUAUUAAUGUAAUACGACUGAGCAGAGGUGUUUACAUUCAUGUGGUCAUGUGGGAGAGAACUGUGAUGUAAAGUGGAGGUGAGCUAAAUUGCGAAGCAAUGAAUUCUUAUAAAAAAGAAAGAAAGAAAGAAAGAAAGAAAGAGAAAGAAAGAAAGAAAAAAGAAAGAAAGAAAGAAAAUCUGUUCCUCUGGUUUGCUUUCUUCAGUGUGUACAGUUUUCAUCUUGACCAGUACUUAACAAUGUCGUGAGACACUAAAAUCAGAAAGGAAUCUUGCUUUAUAUUUGUGGUUCAGGCUGUUUGGUCAUUUGAUCAAUUUUUAACUGACUGUGCAAGUUUUUUUUUUUCUAAGUCAACUUUAUUUCACGUUUUUAUGUUCUAAAUGUAUGUCACAGCUUAUGCAUAAACAUAAUUUAUUGUGUACUGCUUUUACCUGUGUGUGUGUGUGUGUGUGUGUGUGUGUGUGUGUGUGUGUGUGUGUGCGUGUGUGUGUGUAAGCACAAGGGCAGUCAAUAAUGAAGUAUUUGUACAUUAAAGCAUGUUUUUUAAAAAUUGUAUAUACAUAAGACAGUUCAGGAGCCGAAAAGGUGAUCCCGACCCGAAAUAUCUGUCCAUCUCUAAUGAGAGGAGCGUUCAAGUGAAGUCAUGUGACUGUGGCAACUUCUUUGUCAACAUUUUCAUCUCAACCGUGUGUGUGUGUGUGUUCUAUACCAAAGACAGCGUCUGCCCUUUGACUUGUAGCUACCCGCUCGACAUCACAACUAACGAGCAACAGCUCAGAUCUUUUAUUAUCGUCUACUGAUCAGAAUGGUGGUGUAGAUGGUUAUUUGGAGGGCUUGGUAUGUGUUACACAAAUAUUGGGUCAUGAUUAGUGUUGGGACAAUAAUCAUUCUGGACAUUAAUGAAUGUUUGCCUCAAUUACCAAUGAAAGUAAUUAUGGUGGUCUCAAUAUAUUUAUUGAAUUUUGACAUGAAAACAAAAAUAAAAGCUCUUUACUUUGUAUAUA